AUGGGCGACGAAUACAGCUUUCAAACAGGCGAGAAAAGAGAACUUGGUAUAUUGGAUUAUGUUUUGUUUUCACUUCUGUUCGUGGCAUCAGCAUUAAUAGGUUUUUAUCAUGCGUAUAAAGACAGGAAAAACACAAACAUCGAAGAUUUUCAUCUAGGAGGAAAGAAAAUGCAUCCAAUUCCAGUGAGUCUUUCGCUAGCUGCUACUUUUAUGUCAGCAUUGACAAUAAUUGGAACACCUGCUGAAGUUUAUACAUUUGGAACUAUGUUUUAUUGGAUCGUAUGUGGAAUGUUCAUUGCAACAAUAGGUACAGCGCACGUGUUUCUUCCAGUAUUCUACAGAACGAAUAAGAUAAGCUGUUUUGUGUAUCUAGAGCUUCGUUUCGGGACUUUAGUAAGAGUAUUUGCAUGCGUUCUAUUUUUGUUGCAAACCUUACUAUACAUGGGAUUCGUACUUUAUGCACCGUCGUUGGCCUUUCAAGCUGUGACAGGAUUGUCUCUGUGGGGGUCUCUGAUUGGUGUGGCGUCGGUCUGUACAUUAUACACAAUGUUGGGAGGUAUGAAGACUGUGUUAUGGACCGACAGUCUACAAAUAGUCGUUAUGAUUAUUGGUCUUCUUGCCCUACUAAUUGAAGGAACAUCUGCAACUGGGGGAAUCACAAAGGCCUGGGAGAUUGCUAAAGAGCAUGGGCGAAUUGAAUUUGGUAACGUAUCUCCUGAUCCUCGCACGAGGCACACUGUAUGGUCCGUCGGUAUUGGAGGAGGGAUAUUCUGGUCAUACCUAUAUGGUAUAAAUCAAGCUCAGGUCCAACGUGAGUGUUCACUACCUACCCUGCGUAAGUCACAAAUGGCUGUUUGGUUAAAUUUUCCGGCGCUUGUAUUAAUUAACACACUCGUUUGCCUAAUUGGAGUCGUUAUGUUUGCAUUUUAUAACACCUGCGAUCCAAUCAAGUAUGGACUUGUUUCAAAGAAUGACCAACUUGUGCCACUUAUGGUCCUGGAUGUACUUGGAAAUAUACCUGGACUCUCUGGUAUAUUCAUGGCGUGUGUGUUUAGUGGUAGUUUAAGUUCUAUAUCAUCGGGACUUAGUGCAAUGUCAGCUGUCCUUCUCGAAGAUUUUAUCAAGCGUUUUUGCACGAAAUCACUGACGAGGAGGAAAGAGUUGAUUCUGACGAAGUUUAUUAUAAUCAUAAUUGGCUUUACGAUGUUUGGAAUCUCUAUUCUCAUUUCACAGGCUGGAGGAAUGAUAAUUCAGCUAUCAUACACACUUUAUUCUUUAAUAUCUGGUCCAUUGCUCGGGUGUUUUGUUGGUGGCAUGCUUUUCCCAUGGACUAACAAGUACGGAGCCGUUUGUGGGUUAGCCACUUCUCUCACAAUAAUGUGUUGGCUAGGAUUUGGUGCAGUAUUCGAUGGACCUCCAGGGACAUUACCAUUGCCAGUGCAUACAGAUGGAUGUUACCGUACAAAUUCUAGCUUACUGACGACAACUAGUAUAUCUAAUAUGCAGACAUCGGCAAUACUCCAUAACGUCACGACGCCAACAACAGUAGAAAAUGAAGUUGAGCCUCUUGUAUACGACUUUUACAGAAUAUCUUACCAAUGGUAUACCGGAUUAGGAAUGUUGAUCAACCUUAUCACGUCACUUAUUGUCAGUAUUUUUACUGGCCGUACGAACCGUGCAACUUUGAAUGAUACGCUGAUAAGUCCAUUGUUUUUCAAGUUGUCUUCAUGUUUACCAAGAAGCAAAAGAACUAAGGGUACUAUCAAAUUGAACGGUAACACUCAAAGUAAGAAAGAGUCCGUGGAAUAUAUUGAAAAUGAAAACAAUGGUUAUGUUAAAGAAAACGCGUUUUGA